GCACUUCUGCGUUCGAGCUCUACUCCUUUUCGCGGCCUAGCUGUCCGCAACCUUUCGCUGGCUACGCGCUCAGCCCCUUCCUCUCUUCUUCGCUCUACUCCUGUCCUUUCUGCGUGCAAAAAUGGAGCGGGGAGCACUAGUCAAGAGGUGCAAGAUACGGCCCAGACUGAAAUGCAGCAGUACUGGCAAAAGAACAUUGGCCUGAAGCGCCCAUGGUCUCCACAUCUGACAAUUUAUCACCCACCACUUGUCAUGCGGAAUUCCUUCAUGCACCGCGCCACUGUUUGGGCGUCGGCUGGCUGCGCCGGUUUCUGGUACACUGGCAAUUUUGAUGCCAUGCUUGACUAUGUCAACAGCUACCAUCUCGGUCCGUAUGUUCUCGGUAGUUGCAAGUUCAUUUUGUGCUAUCCCCUGGUGUACCACUACCUCAACGGAAUGAGACACCUGGCAUGGGAUUAUGCCAUCGGUUUCGAUAUGAAAACAGUGAACACCACUGGAAUGACCGUCUUCGUGCUUUCUGUUCUAGUCGCUCUCGGUCUCGCAUCGAUCAAACUCUGA